CGUACUUACUGAUGCGCCAAUAGCCAGGAAUAGGUCCCGCCAAAAAAGCGGAUCAGUUCCUAUAAAUAACUGCUUGUCAUGGACCCGCUGGACCUGCUAACUGGAAGCUACAGCGCUCGGAGCGACCGUGUAUCUGAAGCAGGCGUUGCUGUGCACCAGGAACUACCCAAGACGCUGGCGUACAUGGAAGCGGAGGCCGCGGCGCAGGAGGAGGAGAAACGAGAGGAGAACUCGAGCAGCUCCAGCGACAGUAGCUCCGAGGACGAGCCCGAGCAAGACAUCGACUACCCGACCACACAAGUACUGGUGCAGGAGGAGCCGGUGGACGAGGAAAUGCAGGAGGCUAAAAAGAAGACGCCAAUGAGCCCCACGGUCAUUCGGUCUCCUGUCAAGUCCCGCAACUCGCCCGCGAAAAUCCGAUCGUCUCCCGCUAAAGCGCAUUCGUCCCCUGCAAAGCCCCGUUCAUCGCCAGUGAAGGCCCGAUCGUCUCCGGCCAAGGUGCGCUCAUCACCGGUGAAGGCCCGAUCGUCUCCGGCCAAGAUGCGGUCCCCCAUUAAGGCUCGCUCGCCUGCGAAGCCGCGGUCGUCACCUGUGAAAGCCUCGAAGCCGCCUGUUGCUCCGUCUCCUAUUGUGGAUAGACUGAAGGAAGCAGAGAAGGAGACAGAGAAGGAGGGGGAAGACGACACACCUGAAGAGUUCCGAGCUAAGGGUGCGGAAGGCAAGUUCACUAAAGUUUUUCCCGCCAUUUCCAAGCUGGUGGAGAAUGGUGGAUGGCAGAUCGCUCAGGGUAUGAACACCCUGUUCUGUGCCAUGCCGGGCGUACAGUUCUUCAACUUCAAGCCCAACAUUAACGUGUUCGACUCGAAGGUCAAGGCGUGCUGGAAAUUCAUUCAACUCACGGGCGAGAAAAAGAAUGAUUUUGAGGAUCAAGAGCUCUGGGAGAUGCUGUGGCCUAUUGUGGAGAAGGAGUUUAACUGGUUCACCAUGACGUGUGGACCCGAGACGUGGUACGUCAAGCCGAACACCAAAUUUGAGAACUUCCUCCCGAACGAGACAGUUUUCCAGACUAAAAAGCGCGCUGUGCUCAAAUGUCUGGCCGUCGAGGUGGGUGAAAUUGAACUGGGUGACUCUGCCGAGGGUCACCAGGUCAUUUCCUUUGCUCCGCGUGUACAGCCGACACCUGCGCCUGCUCCGAAGAAGGCUAAGACCUCCUUGUUUAAAACCCCAUCACCUGCCGUGAAGAGUGUUAAGCGUCCUACCCCGACAUCAUCUUCGAGUACCAAGUUCGUCACUCCUGCUAGGAAUGUGUCACCCGGUUCAUCCUCAUCUGGUGCAAAGCGCAAGCUUUCGUCGUCUGCAUCCAAGUCGACGAAGAGCUCGUCGUCCAAUAAGAAGGCGAAGGCAGCCAAGUCCAGCGCGAAAAAACCAGCGACAAAGAAGAAGAAGAAGAAAGCGGUUGUUGAGGAAGUGAGCAAGGGGGAUGAUUUCAACUUCGUCGCUCCCGAAUUCAGAUGCUCCUUUGGAAUUGUGUACUCAAAGCUACAGGACGAGGGCUGGUACCACAAGAGCGGAGUCUUCGAGUAUGAUUACUUCUCGCCUAAGUACACGGAAGCCACCAAGGAGCAUAAUGUCAAUUACUUCCAGUCCCAGGCAGACUUGGAGGACUUCUUAAAGGUGAGUGGCACGUGGAAGCGCAUUGAAGAUGAACUCCGACAAGAGCACGACCAGGUGGUGGAUGAAGAGCGGGAAAAGGCUCUGGUGCGACACCACCAGCGGCUGGAGCAGCAAGCGGCACGGAAGCGAAACCUGGCGCUCUAUGGUCCUCCGUCUAAAGUCCUUACACCGCACGCACCUGCUGCCCCGAAGCCGAAGAAGUCAAAGAAGGCUCCCAAGAAGACGUCCAGCACCCCUCCUUCAAGCCAAAGCCUCUAUCAGGCUGAAGUGGAGGCUGCUGAGCUCGAAAGUAGGUUCUCCAGACUGCCCAAGCUGAAGUUUGGUACAGUUUUGAAGAAGCUCAUUGGACGUGGUUGGUACUACCGACCUGGACGCUUUGAGUACGACUACUUCAAGCCCAGCGCCAACCCGAAAACAGCCGUGUCUGGUGAGGAUCGCUUCGAAAGUGCGUCUGCUCUGGAGAUUUACUUGAAGACGACUGGACUGUGGGAAGAGAUUGCAGAGGAGGUGGCGCACGAGGAGCUUGCCAAACACGACGCCCCUGCAGUGGAGCGGCCAGUAAAGCGUAGCAAGCUGGAGUCGCCACCCCCGUCGUCUCAGUCCCCGAAGAGAUCGCUAAAUGGCGGCGUCCACAAAGAGGACGUGAAGGCGAUCACCAACGACAUUUGGGCGAACUCUCACGAGUUCGACUUCAAUGAGUAACUUGGCGGACGAACCCGGUAGAUAACGGAGAGACAAGCGAUGGACUUUGCUAGAUUCAGGGAUACAUUUGAGCUUAGUGGGGCGGCAGUACGCUAACAGAGCAGCGACGAUUCGUUGUGAAUAACACGCGCAGGAGCGUCCCCGUGAAUAUUUUACAAGACUCCCUUGAGCGAUGCGCCAGCACGGCGAUUGAUGUUCUGGCGCUCCGCCUCUAUGCGGUUGAUGCUCUGCUUUAGCUCCUGCAGCAACAGGCAAGAUGUUAGUCGGCUUCCUCGGAUGGCAGUCUAGGACUCGCAGUACCGCGAUGUCCUCUGGUGUGGCGUCCUUCGUCGGCGUCGCAGUGAGGUUCGACAUGUCAGCGUCCGCCAUCUACACACAGUAACAGCCAAUUAGCGUAAUGCAUCGUCAAUAAGGAAACUGUAGUUGGCGCUGACGCACCCUGGAGCUCAGUCGGUUGAGCAUCUCGACGAUUCGGUCUUUGUCCGCUGCGGGCGCCAUCACAAUACGAUCAGUGUUCCCGUGUCCAUCAAUACUAAACUACCAAAGUAACGAGCUUAUACCCACCGUAGGCGUCGGCGGUAUCGUACGGACGCUGCUCCGACUGGUUCUCAC